AGGCGGGAGAUUUUUGUGCACGUUUUUUAUUGUUCCGGUCAGCGAAGGCCGCAAACUCGAGGCAGCCGAUGGCCAAGCAGGAGGGCGAACAAUUCCAGCAUCCGGCUCCGGCUCACAAUCAGCCAGCCAUGAUGGAGUAUAACCAGGUCAUCGUUCCGACGGAAUUCUCCGGAGCCGAUUCCUCCGAUCAUCCUAUGGAACUCGUCAACGGAGAGCCGGACUCCUCGUCGUCCUCGUCGUCGACGGCGGCUGCAGCGGCUCCUCGGCGUCGGCACCAGCUGCGUUUCCCGUCGGCGAACGACGGUGGGGACGGCGUGGGCGUGCUGGAGGCGGGACACCGACGACUCGAAAAUGGCGCCGGCGGUGCCGCAGCUGGUCUCCCAGGGAGAGUCGUUGAUCAGGACGAGGAGCACGGGACGAGCUACACCCUCCACCAGCUCGGGGGUUACCUCGGCGAGGAGGGAUCGCCGGAGUACGACGAGGAUAACCGGGUGCAUCCCCAUCCGUCGGAGCGAGGGAGCGAUGAGCGUUUCGUGGUUCUCGGGGGGGGAGAAGCGGCCCCGUCGACGGGGGAGGGUGGUGGGGAUAGCCUAGCGGGCGAGGAGGUCUCGGUGGACUCGGAGGGCCAGCAUGGUCACAGUCACAUGCCGCACUCGACGAUGCAUCGGUACGCGACGGAGGCUCUCUCGCCGACGGAGCAGCACCAUCACCAGCACCAGCAGCACCACCAACAGCACCAGCACCAGCAGCAGCAGUCGCACCUCGGCGAUCACCGACACCCGCAUCACCACCACCACCAUCACCACCACCACCACCAGCAACAGCAGCAGCACCAGGAGGCCGAGGAGGAGGAGGAGCACCGGGUCAGCGGUAUAGCCGCGGCGAUGCGUCAGGUCGGGGCUCGCGAGGCCGGCAUCGGGGCCCUGAUGUUCACCCACCUCCCGGGUGGCGGGGGCCACAACCACCUCGACGGCGUCCUCCCCGAGGAGGCCUACCUCCACCAGAUACGCGCCGGCGCCUCGCCGCCGGUCCGGACCGGCAGCUCCCCCGGGUCCAGCCGCAGCCCUCGGGAAGACCCAGGCCUCUCUCCUCACCGGCACCCCUCCCAGGACGGGGGGGAUUACUCGCCCUCCCAGGACCAGGCCCGGCUGCAGUCCUUCACCCAUCUGACCGCGAUGCAACCACCGUCGACCCAGGCCCACGGACUCCAGGACUCGGACCGCGUCGCCGAUCAGCUAUACAUCGAGAACAUGUACGCCCACCAUCCAAACUCGACGCCGCAUCACCAUCAGGACCACGAUCAGGGACCACCGACUCCUCACUCACCCGGAGGACCUCUGUCCAGCUCGUUCGCCCGAGGGAUGACGGGGGUCGGUUCGAUGAACAGCGGGGGCGGUGGAGGCGGCUACAAUUUAUCAUACAUGUCGGCCAGCCCCACGGAACUCGCAUCCCCGACUCAGGCACUAUGGGCAUCGCAGGGCUUGUCCGGAGGGUUGCCGCUGGUGUCCGAAGACUACGGCACGAGCAAAUCCACGGUGACGGUGCCGCACCAGGCGCUACCAGCGUUCUCCCAGCGCUUCGGGACGAACUUCCGUAGCUACAGCCCCCCCUAUUCAUCCCAGCAAAGCAAUCCCGUUUCCGGUUGCGGGGGGACCUCGGCCGAGCCCGGUUCCUGGUCUUACGCCACCGCCGCCGCAGCCGCCUCCGGCGAGCACAUGCCCGUGCAGUACGGCAGCCUUUCGACGACCUCCAGGAGGCAGGCCUCGAACCCUCAGGGGCAGCCGAUCAGCGCCGCCGCGAGUCUCUCGGCAAUGCGCAACAUCGACGCUGAGUACUUCUCGGAGGGUAGAGAAUGCGUCAACUGCGGUGCAAUAUCGACACCGCUUUGGCGGAGAGACGGGACCGGACAUUACCUCUGCAACGCUUGCGGCCUUUACCACAAGAUGAACGGGAUGAAUCGUCCCCUGGUGAAGCAGCCACGCCGCCUGCAUGCCUCGAGACGCGUGGGAUUGUCGUGCAGCAAUUGUAGCACGAGCACAACGUCGUUGUGGCGCCGAAACGCGGUGGGCGAACCAGUUUGCAACGCGUGCGGUCUUUACUACAAGUUGCACAGCGUAAAUAGACCCCAAACCAUGAAGAAGGACAGUAUCCAGACGCGAAAGCGAAAACCCAAGGGCGGGAACAAGCAAUCCGACACCUCCUUGGUCUCCGGUACCGCCGCCGCCGCCGCCGCCGCUGCCGCCAACAAUAACAACAACAACAACAACAACAACAACAACAACAACAACGAAGCUGCACGCAUCAAGCUUGAACCGGACGGCUCGUACGGUGACUUAAGAAUGGCGCAUUCCGGGGUAGCUCAGCUGCCUUACACGGCCACCUUGUACGGGGGUUCCCAAUCAUCGGGUAGAAUAACCUCCUACCACCCUGGCAACGUCACGAACAACCUCUACUACGACAUGAUCGCCUCCCAGCACCAGCACCAGGAACAGCAGCAACAGCAACAGCAACAGCAGCAGCAGCAGCAGCAAAUGAUGGAGACGCACUCCCCGAAGGUCGAGUGUCCUUCGUCUCCUUGCGCGACGCGUUCCCCGGUCCUCGUUUCGGCCGGGCAUUCGCCGGACCACCACCAGCUAUCCUCGCCCCACAUCGUGACCGUGGGGGGUGGCAGCGUGUCCCCCGGAUCCGGAAAUCCCAAGAUAAUCAUCGACAACGGUCAUCUCGAUCGACCGACCGUCGUGUCAAUAUCGUCAUAAUCCAGCCGACGGUCGAGAGGUGAUUCGUAACUCGGAUUAUUGGAAACUUGGUUCACGACGUGCCCGACGUAUCCGAUCAUCCUGCGUCGUCUGUCUGUAAAAUUAUCUUUUUUUAAGGAAAUUGACGAAGGGUGAACGGACAAUGAGAGGCUAAAGAAAGAAAAAAACACGGCAAGGAUCGAAGGAAAAUGAUUUACGAUACAUCGACGAGGCGAGGAUUGACUGCGAUGGGACACGCUACGCGACGCCCAAGCUGAAAUACGUUGUACAAAGGAUGUGGGAAAUUAUCAAAGGACACUAAAAUUUGUGUUUUUUGUUCUUUUUUUUUUUUUGAUUUUAUUCCUUUCUUCAUUUCUCGUCUUUUGACAAAAUUCUCCACACAGCAUCUAUCUUCCCAUCAAUUUUUUUUUUCUUCUCAUUUUCACCGAGUUUCACAGAUGUACAAAUGUACCGUAUAUUUCCCUCUCGAUAUUCUUUAUCUUGCAUAAAUAUAUGUCUAUGUACGUAUCACAUUCGCUGAACGAGACGAGAAGAAAGAGAAAAGAAAAAGCCCCGAAAUCGAAGAUGAGAUUCAACGAAAUGCGAAUUGGACAGCUCCAGGUGAUGAGAGAUAAAUUCGACUUUACCGGGGAUUUAAAUUCUUCUACCAGAUGCUGUGUUAAGCAGACUUGGAUGGAUCUCAGACGUGAUUGUCAGCAGGUGCUAUCUACCAGCGAUUGUUGGGACUACGAUAUUCCACGACGAUACGGUAACAACAACAACAAUCGUGAUACGAUAAUGAUAAUAAUGAUAAUAAUGAUGAUGACGAUGAUAAUUUCAAUAACGGGAUAUUUAAACUCGAUGAAAAUUAUUAUCUGAAACAAAGUAAUGAGGGUGGAAAAAUUUUCGGCUCUUUUUUCCUCUAAAUCUUACAUCGCGUUGUAUAUUUUUGCCUGUUUGCUGUGUUACUAUUAUUAUUGUUAUUGUCGUUAUUACCGUAAAUGGCUGUAUAACGUUAUCGAUAAUUUUUAAUAUCCAUUUUACGAUGAUCGUCGCGAUCAAAUAUGUACGUUUGUGUACGUAUAUAUAUAUAUAUGUAUGUGGAUAUAAAUAUGAUAUAAGUAGGUAGAAUAAUAUAACGAACACACUCUCGCGCGUGUGAAAUACGACGCAUCGAUCGGACCGGAUGUUUGGUCGUCGCUGAAAGCUUGAAGUAAUAUGUACUAGUUUCGUGCGGUACGAUGUGUAUGUGCUCGAAUCAUAAUUGUAAGUCUGAGUUUUUGCGUUCGUGUUGACUUGAUUGUUAGAAUCGCCAAAGGAUAUUAUAUUGACGAGCCAGUGACGGUUUUGAGAAGUUUGGGUGUAACUGCGAUAUUCAUAAACGAGGAGAGGAAAAAGUUUGUCGGAUAUUCGUAAUUUCGUGUAAAAUUUAUUAUCUACCUUGCGGUUUUAUUUUAUUUUAUUUUUUUUAAUUUUUUCCCAACGAUAAUCGCGUCUGUCGGACCUUAAUGGCGAAAAGAAAGUAAAAGAAAAGUAAAUAAAAAUAAUAUCAGGUGAGGGAAAAAUUUUGAAAGUUUUGAUAUUUUGAAGAAUACGAAGAGACAAGGUUAAUAAACGGAAGGAGGGUAAACAUUCCGAGAUGGAAAUUGAAUCCGCGCAACGUGCAGCGCAACAUAACGUUUCAAUGACAAUGUCGUGACAAUGAACUACGCGGGCUGCAAUGGACAGUGAUAAUUUGUUACAAAUUACGUUAUUUAAUAUGUAGAUAGAUAGAUAGAUAGAUAGAUAAGUAUAAAUUUGUUUUCAACUAUACAUAUACCACACAAUAUAAAAUUAGUGACGGUAACAACGGUGACAAUAUUGAGGAGUGAGAAAAGAAAGGGUGGCAAUUGAAGAAAUAUUCAUUGACUUAAACGAAUCAAUUAGUCAUCGGAAUUCUACGUGUUAAUCAAAUUGUUUUAUUUUCUUUUUAUACGUUGAAAAUUUGUAUAAUAUUCUCGUCACGCAGCAGCGCGAGAUCUAAGCUUUUUAGUUUUUUACUCUUCGCGGCAGCACGAAGACAGGUUUCAAAUUCUUUUUCGAAAACGCCUUGCGAUUUCUUAUCAACUCUAUUUCAUUAUUUGUAAUUGUUAUCACCGUUAUUACGCUGAAAACAGGGCUAUUCGCGAAAUUGUGGUAAUUUCAUCCUUUAUCAUAAGUCAAUAAAAAAAUAAUACUGAUUAUUAUCGUUAGGUAAAUUCGGAUGCACAUAUUGCUAUUAUGUAGGUAUAAUUUAUACUUACACAAUUAUAAAUACCUAUUACCUUAUAUCGCAAUUAAGUAUCCUCCGCUGAUGAACUUGCCACAAUAAAUAAUUUAAUUUUAGAAUCAAUAAUGUUAUCGACAACGACAAUCCAAUCACGAUAGUAAAAAUCAUGAUAAUAUCAAUAGUAAUACUGGUUAUAUAAUGCGAAAUUUGCUGUUCCACAAUUUUUACCAAAGACAAUUUUUAUUGCCAAUAAUGAUAAUAAUGAUAAUGAUAAUAAUAAUAAUAAUAUCAACAACAACAAUAAUAAUAAUAUUAAUAAUAACAACGAAUAAACAAAUAAACAAAUAAAUCGCUGUCGUAUAAUAAUAAUGUUCUUGUUGAAGUGAAAAAGUUGAAUAAAAUUGAAAUUGAAAAGGAUCAUCUACAUGAUAAUAACGAUAAUAAUCAAAAUAAAAAAAUAAAAAAAAUUAAAAAAUAACGGCGCGAGUGUAAAAUCAAAGGUGAAAUGACGAUGGCGAUAAAAAAUGAAAGGAUUUGAAGAUAGUAAAUAAAUAGCUAAGCGAAUAUCAUAAGUAUAUAUACCAAAUUUAAGACGCUAUUCCAAACAAAUUAUCAUGCAUGUGUAUGUGUGUGUUUAGGUGUAUGUACGUACGAUGCUGUAGAUAACUUGACAAUAGACUAUAAUUGUUACAGGAAAAUACAUACACAGAUGCAUGCGUACACACACGUAUAUACGUAUAUACGCGUGUCUUUACUAUAUUUGCUAUUAUCGUACGUUAGUUUAUACUGUGAGAAUAUAUUAUACAUAAUGUGUACAAUUAUGCAGAAGUACAUGUGGAAUAUAUAAUUUUUAAUCUAUAUUAAUAACAACAACCGGCGAUCAUAAUAUGUAGAUAAUAAUUAAUGAUAAUUAAUACGCGAGCUUGAUUGAGAGUAAUAAUCAAAACAAGUCUAUGCAUAGAA